AUGCGAUUUUGUCUGUUUCUCGUUACACUAAGACUGGUAGUCUAUGCACAGUUUAAUCUGAAUGUUACCGAUCGAAUAGUUGAUACGGAUUUCGAUUGUUUACAUUAUUAUGUUCCGAGUGAAGUUAUUGACAUGCAGCUUGAUGUUUCAAUCAAACAAGUUAUUAAAUAUUGCAUUCGUCCAACAAACGAUCAAUUCUCUAAUUUCGAAGAAAAUUAUUAUCAAAAUCCUAUAUUUGAACAACUUUGUCGCUCAAAUGUGACCAUUGAAGAUUUAUUAUCUUGGUCAGCUUCAGUUGACUCUGUUGAGCAAUACUCUAUUUAA